AUGGCGGGUGCAGCAGGCGACAUUUCGCUACCGGAUGUGAGCAAGCUGAACGAUUUGAAAGACGAUCAGAUUGAAGCCUUGAUUGAAAAGUUGGCGGAAGUCCAAGCCCACGCUCCUCAAAUCAUUGCUGCAUUGGAAGCGCAACAAGAAUCGAGAUCACGAGGGAGUAAGAGUAAGGGAUCCAAGGGAGACAACAAUAGCGGAAGAAAGGGGGAACAACAACGGACCCAACCGCCCAAACAACAACGACAUCAAUCACCGCAACCGCCGACACGACGACAAUCUCGCAAUGAACAACCAGCCGAAGCAGAGGAAGAGGAGGAGGAAGAAGACGAUGAAGAGUACGACGAUUUUGACGAAGACGCAGAGUAUCCAAUGGUGGGAGAUGGAUACAGUGAUGAAGUUUCCGUAAUGUCCGACAUGACCACACCCACGGUUGUGAGUAGUAUGUUAAUCAACGAGGAAGAACACUACCACGAAAUUGGAAUCAAGGUCAAUGCUCCCAAAAAGAAGGACUUGCUCAGUAAGGUCGCACAAACCAAUGCAAGAAAGGCACCCGUCGUGGCACCCAAGAAAAAAGCUUUGGCAUCCGCUGAUACCGCACUCAAGAAACCAGCCAGAGCGGCCAGCAACUACGCUUCCAGACCGACCGACGGAAAGGCAAUAGCCAAACCAGACGCUGCCACUCCCACCAAGAAAAAGAAAUCCAAGGAUGGCGCCGUUACAACUCCCAAGGAAUCAUCUACCAAAAAGACAAAAAAGAAAACCACCAAGAAAAAGGCACCGUCACCGCACAGUAGUGGAUCGGGAUGGGACAUUACCCCCAAUGGAAAUAGCUCUUCGGGCGUCGCUACUGCCAGCAAGAAGAAACAACCUCAGCAAAAAGCGGAACCAGUCAUGAUUGACGACGAUGGCUUUCUGGUCACCAAUCAAUCCGCAUUUGAAAGCUUUGAUAGUGCCAACAAUCCAUUUGCUUCCACGACACCCUCCUUUACCACCGAUGGCGCCGUUGAUGCCUUUGGAGACUUUGACGACGAUCCAUUUGCGGCAAAGCCAGCACCGGCACCCGCAAAGAAAACCAAAGCCAAAAAGUUACAAGUCUCCAGCACGGGGAAGAAAAAGAGCAGUGGCAGCGUCUCGGGAACAUCACCCAAACAAAAACGCAAAGGAACACGGAGGGCUUCCAUCGGGACUUGA